UUGACCGAGGGCAGGCGCGGGCAUCAGCCGCUUGGGAUCUAGGCACCCCUGAGAAGGGGUCCGGGGACUGCUCGCCAAGCGCUUGUCCUUUGCUGCCCGACGGAGCGGGACCUGCUGCUCCGGCAAAAGGUCUUGAAGGAUUUGGGGGACUUCUUCAUUCCCCAUCUGUCCCCACCUUCAGUUCCCCAAAACGUCUCCCCUACAUUUAGGAAUUGCGUGAGGAGGUAGCGGGACACUUACAUUCCUGUCCCCGGGAGAGAAGAGGCAAGGUGCGAAACUGCGGCGCGCGCUCCGGGGACCAGACCCGGGGCGAGCGGCGCCGGCGAGGGGCUGGAGCCACCCUAGCCCUCCGGCUCAGCCUCUGCAAACCUCGCGGUCCGAUCGAACCCGGGGACUCUCGAAAUGGGAUCGGAUGCGGCAGCGUAAACUCCUUCUCCCUGAGCCAGCUGUUCGGAGACAGCUACCCUUGGAUAUGAAAGAUGAAGCCACCAAUUCUCUUGGCUCUUGUGAUCUGUUCAGUAGUCAGCACAAAUCUGAAGUUUGUGUCAAAGAGGAAUUCCGUGGAUGGCUGCAUCGACUGGUCAGUGGACCUCAAGACAUACAUGGCCCUGGCAGGGGAGCCAGUCCGAGUGAAGUGUGCCCUGUUCUACAGUUAUAUUCGCACCAACUACAGCACGGCCCAGAGCAUGGGCCUCAGGCUCAUCUGGUACAAGAACAAAGGGGACCUCGAAGAACCCAUCAUCUUCUCUGAGGUGCGCAUGAGCAAGGAAGAAGACUCCAUCUGGUUUCAUUCUGUAGAGACCCAAGACAGUGGCUUCUACACUUGCGUCUUACGAAACUCAACCUAUUGCAUGAAGGUGUCUAUGUCCUUGACAGUGGCAGAGAAUGAAUCUGGACUCUGCUACAAUAGCCAAAUCCGCUAUUCAGAAAAAUCCGAAGUCACCAAAAGAAAGGAGAUUGUCUGCCCAGACAUGGAAGAUUAUAAAACUGCAGAGCAAGAGCCGGAUGUUGUGUGGUACAAGGAAUGCAAGCCCAAAAUGUGGAGGAGCGUAAUUAUACAGAAAGGCAAUGCUCUCCUCAUCCAGGAAGUCCAAGAAGAAGAUGGAGGAAAUUAUACUUGCGAACUUAAAUAUGAUGGAAAACUUAUCCGGCGCACAACAGAACUCAAAGUUACAGCAUUACUCACAGACAAACCUCCCAAGCCAUUGUUCCCCAGGGAGAAUCAGCCAAGUGUUAUUGAUGUCCAGCUGGGUAAGCCUCUCAACAUCCCAUGCAAAGCUUUCUUUGGAUUCAGCGGUGAGUCGGGGCCAAUGAUCUACUGGAUGAAAGGAGAGAAGUUUAUUGAAGAACUGGCAGGCCACAUUAGAGAAGGUGAAAUCAGACUUCUCAAAGAACAUCUUGGAGAAAAGGAAGUGGAAUUAACCCUGACCUUCGAUGCUGUGGUGGAGGCAGAUCUAGCUAAUUACACCUGCCAUGUGGAAAACAGAAAUGGACGAAAACACGCAAGCGUUCUGUUGCGUAAAAAAGAUUUAAUCUACAAGAUCGAGCUGGCGGGAGGCCUGGGAGCAAUCCUCCUCCUUCUCGUGCUGCUUAUCAUCAUCUAUAAAUGCUACAACAUUGAGUUGCUGCUUUUCUACCGACAGAACUUUGGAAGCCAUGAAGAUGCAGAUGAUAACAAGGAGUAUGACGCUUACCUCUCUUAUACAAAAGUCGAUCCUGAUGCUUUAGAUUGUGAUAACAACGAGGAAGAACAAUUUGCUCUUGAAAUACUACCAGACGUCCUGGAAAAACAUUAUGGUUAUAAACUCUUCAUCCCAGAUAGAGACCUGAUUCCCAGUGGAACCUACAUUGAAGAUCUCACAAGAUGUGUUGAACAAAGCAGAAGACUUAUUAUUGUGCUCACACCGGACUAUGUUCUCAGGAGAGGAUGGAGUAUCUUUGAGCUGGAGACCAGGCUCCAUAGCAUGCUGGUCAGUGGAGAAAUCAAAGUGAUCUGGAUUGAGUGCAGAGAAUUAAAAGAGAAAGUCAACUGUCGUGAGGUGGAGCUACUGAAGAGAAACAUCAAGCUCCUCUCUCUGGUCAAGUGGAAAGGAACCCAGAGCAGCAAACUGAAUUCGAAGUUCUGGAAGCACUUGGUGUACGAGAUGCCCAUCAAGAAAAAAGUGACACUCUCCCGCCGCCAAGUCCUGGACUCGGCAGAGCAAGGCCUUUUCGGAGAGCUGCAGGCUGCACCCUCGAUUGCUGUCACCAGCACCUCAGCUGCUUUGGUUGCCUCUCAGGCCGAUCUGAGCCAUUUCCACCAAACAGAUUCAAUGCCAAUGAGACACUGUUGCAGAAGUUACAAUUAUGAGAUGCCCACGUCCUCUUUACCAAUGGCUUCUCUAGGGUCUCACCACCACACAUACUGCAACAUACCUUUGACGCUGCUCAACGGACAACUACCUCUAAACACUGCCGCAAAGAACGCUCCCGAAUUUCACAGGAACAAUCCUCUGAUGCCUUUGUCAUCCAAGGAGUUUAGCUUCACCAGCGAUAUUUGGUAGAGACGAUCUGAAUUCUUCCAAGUCACUAAGUCAGCAUCUCAAAAGGCCUCCCUUUUCUAUUCAAUAUUGGAGAUUCUGCACCAAGAGUGCUUAAAAGUUGAUGGAGGAAACAGCACAGUUUUUCUUUUUCUUUUUUCUUUUUUCUUGGAACUUAAAUAUUUUUGUUUACAGUUCUGGAAUAUUGGAGGGAAAAAAAGGAAGACAAAUGGAGAAGCUCCUUUUAUAAUACAGUAUCAAGUUUAGCUAGCCACUUCUAAUUUUUUUUUUCUUAAGAAGAAAUUCCCAUUGUCUUAGAGUAGAUUUUCUGAUGUCACACAGAGAGAUGAUCUAGCUGACUCAUAUUUCUAUACUCAUAUUUCAGAAUUUCAAAUAUAGAAAACUAGAGACUUGAUUACAGUUUGGAAAUUCUAAACUUAAAUUUAAGGAGGAAACAACUUUCCCCGGGUGUGAGUGAAUGCGGAAUUUGCCUUAGGGGAAAGGGCAGAGUACCCCCAUUGUCAUAUAGUUAGAAGUUUUUAGGAGAUGACUAAUUGGGGAGCAGGGACUGAGGGUAGUGUUGGUGGAAACCAAAUGAAGACUGGAAAGAACUCAACAUCGUGCACAACUACUGCAGAAUUGAUCAAGAACUCAUGACAACAGCAUUUUGUUUCAUUAAGCAAGCACAUCUUUAGAAAAAGAUGGGAAUCAGAUAAAUGAAGGGAGAGAGAGCUGACAACUCUCCAGGAAUGAUUUUCAACCACCAUGGAACUUACUUCUUUCACAAGUUUUGCAACUCUUAAAAGACCUUUUUAGAAGUGUUUCAAACACAGGUUUGGGUUUUUUUUCUUAAGUUGCUAACAAAUUCACAUUUGGAUUUCUUUUUUAUUAUUAUUAUUAAGAUCUCUUCACCUGUUGUCAGAUUCGUGCAGUGAUAAGAUUUUCUUCCUAUUUCUUUCAACAUCAAUGGAGUUUCCAUUUAAAUACACAUUUGACUGAGAAUGUCACCAAUAAAAAAGAAGAAGUAUUCACAGAUGAAGUACCAGAUGAUUCAAGUUUCUUAAUCAUAAGGGCAGCAAUUGCCAGGAAAAUCACUGGGAAAGUAGCUAUGAAAGAGACUAUUCCAGUGAGGUUUAGAAGGCUUCUUUCAAAGGAUACCAAUUCUUGAUUCUUCUAACAGCCCACUUGGGAGACUGGGAUCCUCAAAAACAGAGGCCAGGGCAUAUAUAAAGUGACAAAUGCAAGACUCCACCAAUUUUCAGUAAUUGCAGGUUUGCAAUAGGUGGAGUGGCCCUGUUUGAAUGGCUGUUGAGCAUCAUUACGCCUUGAAGUUCAUCAUACUUUGCUCUCCCCACUCACAGUUGCUUGUGGGGGUCAAUCCUGAUUCCAGAUCAACUUGGGCAUUUUGUAGAUGGCCCUUACAACCGUGCACCAGGAUGAGUGAGCAGAAACGAUGUACUAACAGUGAGCAGUACAGCAGAAUUCCAAAUUGGCCUGGUGCUCUUAAUUGUGCCCAUAAUUGUGAAAUACACUUGUGUAGUCACCUACCAGCCAAUGGAUUUUGGUUGUUUCCUUAAUCCUCUUCUCUUGAUCAAAUGUAAGCCAUUGGUUUGUUCUAGGUAUCCAUUAUCUAUAGUCAUUCAGUCAAUGCUUUAUUCACAAAUGUAGUGUGGAAGCUUAGUUGUCAGUGUGGGAGUAAAAGGUUACUCCCUCAGUUAAGUUCCUACAUGUAUGUGAUUCAUAGAUAUAGUUGUUCCAUUGAGAACGGUGACUUUGGCCUCCAUUCUAACUGUAUGUAUUUCCAAACAGAAAUUGACAAACUCUACUCUGUUUUCUACGUGUUACAGACUUUGUGUUUACUAUGCUGAGUAUGUUCGUUAAUGUAACAUGUAACUAAAAUAAUAUUUGCAUGAAGUGAGCUGCAUAUGUUUCAAGUGACAAGUUGUGAUUUCAUUAUUUUGCUUCCACAUGAUUCUAAAUCUGAUUACUCCACGGAGGACGUUCAGUGAUAUUUUUAAACUAUUAGUUCUGUAGUAUGCAUGCCUGUUCUGAAAACCUAUUGCAGGUCUCUCUGUUUCCUUGAUUUAUGAUGA